AUGGGGUCUAAUGGUACCUCCGAUAUAGAAUCGGCUUACAAAGAAAAUCCGGAUAAUUUUACACUCAAUUCUACUCAACUCAUUGCUUUUCUUGAGAACUCUUUUGGAUGCCCCAACCCUCUACUAGAUUCCCAAAAAUUCUCCUCCGACAUAGAUGGUAUCCUGAAGGACUUAUCACAGAUUCACACAGAUAUAACGGUACCAAAAUUUAAUACAAAACCAAAAAACUGCAAAAUAUUUCCGCCUUGGUUUAAUAGUGAUAUUAUAAGUGAUUUACAAGUAAAAGAGUUUUAUAGGCGCAGAAGGAAUCAAUCAGAAGAUUUUCAGAUUAUGGAAAGCAAUAGUUUUAAGUACCUAGGUUCGGUAUUACAGAGUAAUGGAGAAAUAGAUAAAGAUGCAUGCAGUAGAAUUAGGGCUGGAUGGAUGAAGUGGAAAGAAGCGAGUGGUGUGUUGUGUGACAGAAAAAUUCCAAUGAAGCUGAAGGGAAAAUUCUAUAAAACAGCCAUAAGACCGGCUAUGAUGUACGGAACUGAAUGUUGGGCAGUGAAAAAGAAAGAGGAACAACGAAUGCAUGUGGCGGAAAUGAGAAUGCUUAGAUGGAUGAGUGGAGUGACAAAGAAGGAUAAAAUUAGAAAUGAGUAUAUUAGGGGAAGUCUAGGUGUGGCACCAAUUGAUGCCAAAAUGAGAGAGCAUAGGUUAAGAUGGUUUGGUCAUGUUCAACGUCGAGAGGUUAAUCACCCAAUACGAAGAAUAGCUGAAGUGCAGAUUCCUGGAAGGAGUUUGUGUCUUCUGGUAGGGAUGAACAGAGAACAGAGCACACCCUCCACAUAG